AUGUCUUUCGAUUGGCUGAACGUUCCGGGACUUUCGCCGGUCGAUUCGGACCAUAUUAGCGGUGCAGCGUCCCCUCCUCCUCCUGUGUCGUUCGAUUUUGGCUCGCGGGUUAGCGAGAAGAAAGCAGAUAUAAGCGUGUCGAACGGUGGAACUGAGUACACUGAGACGAACGAGGACUCAAAAGUCCCACUUUCGUUGUCAAAAAGUCAGCUAUCAAAGGAGGAAGUCAGAACGUAUCUACGGUGGUACGGGUACAUAACGUCGCGAAAAAACGCCAAACUGGUAAAACUGGACGAUGUGUUUUGCUUCAUGACGAAUUUUCUGAUCUCCCAGGUGGUUAAAGAGCGAGUAGCACACAUUUUCAAGACUUGCAAAAACUCGCUCAACAUUGGCCAGUUUUUCGCCGUUUUAAGACUCUUGUCGCGGGCUAUGCACGACGGUGUGCUCCCUACAAGACGCAUGAUUCUGGAAUCGACGCCUGUGCCGAAACCUAAGUCCAUUUUGGCCGCAGGAAAUGAAGAGGUUUACGAGGAGAUUGACGAUUCCCAGGCUGGAGGGCCCGAACUCAAAGUCGAUUUCGACAGCUUUGCAUCACUCCUGCUCACAGGGCAGAAGAAGAAACGAAUGAGACGUAAAAUUACCAACUACAUCAAAAAACUGAAGAAAGUUCGGUUCUCAGACAAUCUGGUGACGUUUCAGGACCAAACGUGGCACAAUCCCAGUGAUUCACAAACGGACAAUGACGAAACGAUAGAUUCUAACGAACCUUUGGACUUGUCACUACCCAUGGAUCAGCUUCUCAAGAACCUGGCUGCUAGAAAGAAAAAUUCGGCUUUAGUCUCGAGACCUCCCUCGGAGCAAGUACCAGACACGCAAGAGGAGAAGGAAGCUUUAGAAGACAUGAAGGAGUCGUUAAGUCAUUUCCAACAUUUACAAAAGGCUGAUAACGUAGCUCGGGGUGGCCUCCCAGCAGAGGCCUUGCAAAGCAAGGGAGGCCACGAAAUCCCAUUAGAACCACUGAAACCUACUGCUACAGGGUCUGCUAAUUACCUUUUCAGAUCCAGUCAAGCCCCCAUUCAGCAUAUGCAGCAAGAGCCGCUGAAACCAACAUCGACUGGCUCUGCAAACCAUCUGUUCCAGUCCAAUGUGGCUCGCAACCAAAAGCAGUCACCCCAAGAACCGAUGUUCCCGCUUAAACCUACCGCCACUGGCUCGGCAAACAAUCUUUUCCGCUCACGUCAAGAAAAUGGCGGGAUAGCUCCCCACAAACCUGGAAAUUCGACGUUCCUCAGCCCCAAUCUAUUAAUUUCGAACCCACGAUUUGGUUCGAGCCUGACUAGUACCCCGGAUUUAGGCCCCGCAUCCUCAACUGAUGCGUUCACUCAGCCUCAUUCCCAGUUCCAACAGAGACCGUCUACUCAAAAUCGUCAGCUACAACCCUCCAAUCACUUUUCUCCGGCCCCCAAUCACUACUCUCCAUUACCAUAUCAGCCAUCACAAUUUUCGAACGGCUAUAGAGGUGAAACUACCAAUCAAUCUCAGUCGCACGGGUUGUCAAGUUAUGGCAUGUCGCCGCAGCCAACUGAUCAAGGUCAUCUCAAUUCCCGACUUGGUAUGAACAAUCAAUUGUUUAUGUCAGCGUCACCAUCACCAAAUGGCAGCACGUUGCAGAUCAAUCAGCCACCGAAUUCAAGUCAUUUACAGCCACAUCAGACGCACAUGCCACCUUUGGCGGGGCACUCCAGUGGUGGAACGUUUCCCAUCAUCAAUAGCCAGGGACCCAUCCAAACCCAACAUGAUAGGACUUAUUUGCACCCCAGUUAUACAGGACCGUCGCAUUCAGGACUCAGUAAUACGGGGUAUAGCUUGCCCCCUCGGGAAGCGCAAAGUUUCUCACCCUCUCCUGCUCCCCGACCCGAUUUUUACUCUCGAAGCCCUCAGAACAGUUUUCAGUCAAAGGAUAUUUUGGGCGACCUGAAAGCUUUGCAAGAGCAUGUGAACCAGCUACAGAAUACAUACAACUGUUGA